AUGUCGUGGUCAGGUCCCAACUCCUCCGAGAAGCCGCCCAUCCCCACGGGUGGUGAGCAGCAGAUCUACCCUCCUCCCCCGACCGACCAGCACCACCAGCAACAGCCCGGCCUCGACGCGAAGCCCUCCGGAACCAGCGAGCUGCCCGGCCAGCAGGGCCAGUACUUCCCUCCGCCGCCCCCGGGCCCGCCUCCCGCCGGCCAGCCUCAGUAUUCGCAUGCUCCCCAGGCUCAGCAGCCGCAAUAUGCCGCUCCUCCCCAGGGACAGCAGCAGCAGCAGCAGCAGCACUUUGCUCCGCCGCCCCAGGGCCAGCACCCCAACGAUACCUCCCUCCCCGACUACAACCCCGCCCAGUACGGCGCCGGUCACCACUACCCGACCGCCGGCGCCACCCAGGCCGACCCCGCCGCGGGCCAGGCCGCCGCCGCCUUCGCGUCCACCGCGGACACCACCAAGCCCCAGAAGAAGCACGGCGGAUGGGGCGAGCGCCUGACCCAAAUCGGCAUGAGGGCCGCCGUGCCCAUCAACGCCCUCGCCAACAAGAUGGGCUCCCAGAGCUUCCUGCCCACCACUAUGGACAAGGAGUGCGAGAAGGCGGCCAAGAUUCUCCAGAGCUUCUGCAAGGAAGGAAUCGCCUCCGACGUCGCGCCCCAGCCCCAGCCCUCCGAGAAGCUCGAGCCCGGAAAGACGGAAGGCGACGGCUCGCGCCCCGUCACCCCGAGCAAGGACAAGGCGAAGAAGGACCAGAAGGCCAUCGUCAAGAUCCCUAGCAAGGUCAUCAACAAGGCCGUCGGUCUGGCCAUCUUCACCACCUUCAGAGCCGGCUUCCAGUUCUCCGGCGCCACCGGCUCCGGCGUACUGAUCGCCCGCCUCCCCGACGGCUCCUGGAGCCCUCCCUCGGGCAUCCAAGUCCACGCCGUCGGCGCCGGCUUCAUGAUCGGCGUCGACAUCUACGAUUGCGUCUGCGUCAUCAACAGCCGCGAGGCCCUGAGCGCCUUCAUGAGCACCCGCGUCAGCUUGGGUCCCGAUGUCGCCGUCGUCGCCGGCCCCUACGGCGCCGGUGGUGUCAUGGACAUGGGCGCCAGCUUCGGCGGCAAGAAGCAGGAGGAGAAGAAGACUGCCGACCAGGCCGCCGCCGCCGCCGAUGUCAAGCCUGCCGACGACGGCAAGCUGAAGCCCGACGACAAGCAGGCCAAGCGCAGAAGCAGCAGCUCAUCUCUCAAGCCCGUCUUCUCCUACGUCAAGUCGCGCGGUUUCUACGCUGGUGUCCAGGUCGACGGUACCGUCGUCACGGAGCGCAAGGAUGCCAACGCCGCCUUCUACGGCCAGAAGGUCUCGGUCGACCAGAUCGUCAGAGGCCAGGUCCCUCCCCAGGGUCCCGCCGGCAUGUGGCCCGGUGGUGCCCAUGCUCUGUACGAGGCUCUCCGGACGGCCGAGGCGCAGCAGGCGCUUCCGGAUGCCAACUUGCCUCCCCCGGCUCCCAUCCCGGCCACCGGUCCCGCCACCGGCGCCGCUACCGGACAGGCACCUCCCGGCUACGGUGCUCCCCCUCACCAGGCCCAGUACGGAGGCCACGCCGAGGGUGCUCCCCCUGGCUACGGCCAACAACCUCAGUACGCCUCCCACGCCGGAGGACCACUGGGAUCGCAUCCCCCCCAAGGCGGCCCAACCGCCUCGGGAGCACUGGGCGACGAGCAGCUCCCGGGAUACGUCGACGACGGCGUGCCGCGACCUGGCGUGGGCGACCACAAGGGACAGCAGUACCAGUAG